AUGGGAGAUUGGGUCAAAAAUCUUGCUGAAGUCAAGUGUUUUAUUUUUUUAACAUUGACAGAGAACCAUCCUUCAGAAUCGCCCCAUGCCGUGGAUGCAGAUGAUCUGCAGAAACUUCUUCACCUGCUGCAGUCCACAGAUGACCCGUUAAUUCAAGAGCAAGCUUUAAUCACCCUCAGCAACAGGGCUGCCUUCUCUGUAAAUCAUGAUAGAAUUCGAAAUUUGGAUGGCAUUUCUAUUAUUGGAAGAAUGCUCUCAGACUGCAUUCCCAGGGUCAAAGAAAAAGCACUAAAUGCUCUUAAUAAUUUGAGUAUGAACAUUAAAAAUCAGAAAGAGAUACAGGUUUAUAUUGUGCAAGUGUGUAAGGACAUUGAGUCAGCUUCCCUGAACUCUGAUCUGCAGCUAGCUGGACUCAGACUGCUGACAAAUAUGUCUGUUACCAGUGACUACCACCAUAUGAUGAUAAACUCAAUUCCAUGCUUCCUUCACGUGCUUUCAGAAGGAAACGAAAGGACACAGAUCCAAGCUCUGAAAGUACUUGUGAACCUCUCUGCAAACCCAACCAUGACAAGACACAUUCUCCAAGCUCAAGCGCCGUCACUGCUGUCACUUUUUGACAACUGCAUGAACAGGGACGUUCUUCUCCGAGCCCUCACGUUUGCAGCAAAUUUGAAGAGGACUGUGAGCCCUGAAGAUGGCACCGAGCUUCAGAGCCAGGCCAGCAAAGAUUCAGUUUUCGCUACCCUCUGUGGGACUUCUGCUCCCUUUGCUCAGAAAUUGGCAUCUUUAUUGCAUCACCCUGAUAGAGAAGUGAAGGAGCAGGUUGUCAGAAUAUUAACACAGUAGUCAUUAAAAAACAGUGAUCUGAUUAAAUACU